AUGUUCUCCCUUUUGGAGCCGGAGUCCCUCAAGCUCCUAGUCGCGGAAAUAAGGAGUGAGUUCAAGAGUUAUGAGCACAUCCAAACCGAGGCGCUAGGAUCAUUGGAAUAUCUUCGCGCCUCCUUGAUGGAAACGUUGCGCAUAACUGUUCUACAAAGCACUGGUCAGCCCCGUGUGAGCCCCGGAGCAAAUGUUGACGGAAAACACAUUGCUAGAGGUGUUGAGGUACGAUAUGGCUUUCUGGCCUUCACACGUAGUACGCGAUACUUUCACGACCUUCACCGGUACAGGCCGCAACGCUGGUUGCCCGAGAGUCACCAAUACUGGGAUCCUGCCUUCAAAUAUGAUGCUACCGACGAUUUCCACCCAUUCAGCCAGGGACCGAGGUCGUGUCCCGGUAUGCCUCUAGCCUGGCGUCAGACAAAACUUGGCAUCGCUAAAGUGCUCUGGGCCUUGGACGUUGAAAUGUUGCCGAACCAGGAUAUCACGUUCGAGAAAGAUUUUAGAAUGUAUGGAAUGUGGAAGAAGCCAAGCUUCUGGGUUCGAUUCCACCCAGCGCCUAUAGGCUCUUGA